AUGCAGGAAAAAGCGCUGUUAGUAUUCGGAAAUGCAGUAACGCAGACUAGUGAUGCCUUUAUCGCUGCUAGAAAGGCUGACAAUAAGUGGUGGACUUGUGUGGAUCCAAAGAGCGGUGGAUCCGGACACCAGAAGUCAGAUAUGAUCACCGAAAGAAUCCUCCGCAAGAAGGAAGAACUGUCGAGGCUGCCGGAUAAUGACCCUGGUAGGGCAGAUGUCUUGAGAAAUAUUGCAUUUGAGUACGAGGCGCGACGAUCCGCCACAAGUCAAGAGGAGGAGGAAAAUCUCAACAAAGCAAUCGAAUACUCCCAAUUGGCAGUCCAAGCUAAGCCAGAGGCGCACGCGUACCGAAUGUUCCUGAUUAUGAACCUGCAAAUACGAUAUGAACGAACCAAACGAAGCACAGACCUCGACCGAAUCAUCACCGAAAUCGAGACAAUCGGGGAUCUUGGAGGGCAUGAUAAUUUCGUCUUCUCGUUGGUAUUUGCUUCUGUCUAUAAUACGCGGUACCAUGAGACCGGGAACACAGACGACUUGCAAAAGGCCCUGGAUAUCUACAAAGAGGUUCGCCACGCGGUCCCAAAGGAGGAUUCCUUUGUUCAAAUCCUCACAAGUGGCUUGGAAGAGAUGUAUAUGGCGUACGCUCCUGCCGAGUUCGCGAGAGGAGAAAAGUUUGACACUUCUCUUGAUAAGGCCGAGCAAGCUUUUGCUCUCGCGGAGGUCGAUUCACCAAUAUACUGGGCUCUGCGAGCCUCUAUCGAGGAAGUUGAGACUAUACGCGCUCAUUCGUAUGAUGGCCUCAAUUCACCCUACAAGAAAAAGAUUUUACAUGCGCUUGGUGGACUAUAUAAGGAUCUCUAUGGGUUGACCCACGACAUCGCCGACCUUGACAAAGCAAUCGAUUCAAUGGAUGCCUUCUUUGGUCUGAAUGUUGACGAUACGAGCUCAAAUCGGUUGAUACUUGGGAACCUCUGGCUCGCGAAGGCCUCUCGCACGAAUGAUACUACAGCCUACCGUCGUGGACUACGGAGCUUCCAGCGAUGCUAUGAAUCUGAUCAAGCCCUGCCUAUAGAUCGUGUACGAGCGGCUAGAAGACUCGCAGAAGAAUUCAUAUUUCCGCAGAUACCUCUUAUCAGCAGCCGCGACCUGAAGCAUGAUGACAAGACUUACAGUCUGCAAAGCCUGUCCGGUCUCGCUGGUCACACCUGCGUCGCAUUACUUCGGAGUGGAUCUCUGACACAAGCACUUCUGAAAAUUGAGAUCAGCCGUGGUAUUCUUAUUGGUGAUUUGAUUGACCUUCAAAGAGACCUGUCAAACUUGCACCGGGUGCAUGAGGAUCUCGCCCUGAGGUAUAACAUGCUUCGGGAGAAGGCCUUGCGUGAUAUCCAUGUGGAUGAGCCGCAGCCGAUUAACAACCGUCGAGCUGCAUUUCAACUUCUGCAACAGUGCGAGAGUCGCAUCCGUGAGAAGACGGGCUUUGAGAACUUCCUGCAGCCGGUAACACUUCCGGAGAUUAUCGACUCUUCCCGCGAGGGGCCAAUUGUUGUGGUGAAUUCAGGGCCCAGAGAUCUAGAGAGUGAUCUGCCGCCAGAGGCGCAAGAUGUGGAUCUCCUGUCAUGGCUAUGGUACACUUGUGUAAAGCCAAUCCUUGAGCUGCUCGCGUCGCAUAACAGCAUCUCUUCUCGGCACAAAAGCCGAGUCUGGUGGAUUGGCGUGGGUGCGGCGAGUGGACUCCCCUUCCACGCCGCCGGCGACUACACCACCGGUCCCCACGACGAGAACAGGGCAAAGGAGAAUUGUCUCGACCGCGUCAUCUCUUCAUAUACCCCGACAAUCAAGACUCUUCAGAAUUCCCGGCGCAACGCUCAGCGAAGGGCGGCCCAGGCACCCAUCCAGCCAGAGGACAGCCCGUCUCUGUUGAUCGCCACGAUGCCGGAUACCCCGGGUCAUGGCACACUCCAUGGGGUCCGUCGAGAAGCCGAAGCCAUUAUCGAUACCGUCAGACACGCCAUGCAUGUAAACCAUCUGGCUGGGCCUUCUGCCGACGAGAUUCUUGCCCAAAUAUCGACGUGCGAGCUGGUACAUUUUGCCUGUCACGGGCACUCGGAUCCCGAGGACCCGGCUGACAGUCAUAUGCUUCUGAAGAAGAGGAGUAGUUCUGGUUUCGUGGUAGACAAGCUAACCGUCUCUCAGCUCCUUGAUCAAGCGACGUCCUGUGCCUGGAUUGCGUAUUUGUCUGCCUGUUCCACCGCGGAGAAUCGCGCCGAGAAGCUGCGGGAUGAGGGAAUACACCUGACCACUGGGUUCUUGAUUGCAGGCUUUCCGCAUGUUAUCGGCUCCUUAUGGCCAGCAAGCGAUCAGGUCUGUGUGUACAUGGCGGCGUUUUUCUAUGAGGCGCUGAUUUUGCAGUGUUAG